AUGCCACCAUCAAGACCUCUGCUGCUUUUAGCAGCUCUCCUAAUCCCUCUGGCACUAACGGCAAAUGACUGGAAAACCGGAGAAGUGACAGGAAAAGUUGUCGAAAAAUCCGACUUCCCAUGCUACAGCCUGUCCAGAGAUAACUACACAUGUUCGGCUUGUAUCCAGUUCCACGAGUCGUGUGCGUGGUGUGGAGCGCCGAUGUUCGAUGAAAAGAAGCCAUAUGCCAGAUGUGACAGCCGUGCUAAGCUAAUGGAACAUGGUUGCCCAGACAGCUACAUCGAGGAUCCAACUACCAAAUUGGACGUCACAGAAGACAGUAAGCUUUCCGAUCAAGGAGAAGUUGAAUCUGAAGAGGAAGCGGUUCAAAUCAAGCCACAGCAAAUGUAUGUGGAGAUUCGACCAAAAUCCCGAGUUCGCUUCAAUGUCACCUAUCGCCAAGCUGUUGACUAUCCAGUGGAUCUCUACUAUCUUAUGGACUUGUCUUAUUCUAUGAAGGAUGAUAAGCAAAAGCUCUCUGAGUUGGGAGAUCUUUUGGCAGAAAGAAUGAGAACUGUCACCAAAAACUUCCGUCUUGGCUUUGGAUCUUUCAUUGAUAAGAAGCUUAUGCCAUUCAUUGACCCAAGAAUCGAGAAACAGUUGUCCCCAUGCCCAACUCCAUGUGCUGAGCCAUACGGAUUCAAACAUCAAAUGUCGUUGACUACCAACACCGCCAAGUUUAAGGCUGAGGUUGAGAAAGCUGAAAUUUCUGGAAACUUGGAUGCUCCAGAAGGAGGUUUCGAUGCAGUUGUGCAGGCUUUGGCGUGUAAUAAAACCAUUGGAUGGCGUGAACGCGCUCGUAAAAUGAUCGUCUUCUCCACCGACGCCGGAUUCCAUUUCGCCGGAGACGGUCGCCUGGCUGGAGUCGUCGAGCCAAACGAUGGAUCAUGCCAUUUGGAUCGUGAAGGAUACUACACGGAAACCCUCAACCAGGACUACCCCUCCAUCGCUCUUCUCCAUCAGAUGAUCAAGGAUCGCAAAGCCAAUGUCAUCUUCGCUGUCACCAAAAACAAUCAAGAUCUCUAUACCCAACUUUCGAAUGCUCUUCCAGACGUUUCCUCGUCGGUUGGAGUUUUGGCGAAUGAUUCUAGAAAUAUUGUGGACUUGAUUGAGAAGGAGUAUUUGAAGAUCAGUGAGAAGAUUAUUAUGGUCGAUAAUGCCAAUGCGUCAGAGGGAUUGAAGCUGACCUAUAGAUCAAUGUGCUUGGACGGAACAACACUCAAGGACACCAACGUCUGUGAGGGAAUCCGUGUCGGAGAUGAGGUUCAAUUCGAAGUAACCCUUGAAAACACCCACUGUAUCGAUAAAAGAGAUUUCGUUCUCCGCAUCGGACCAUCCGGAUUAGAUGAGACACUUAUUGUGAACGUCAAGGUUCUCUGUGAUUGUGAUUGCGAACGUCAAGACAGAAUUGUGACCAACGCCGCAGAGUGUCAUGGUGGAGAUAUGGUUUGUGGAGUUUGUCGAUGCAAGGGAGGAAAUGUUGGAAAAUAUUGUGAAUGUAACAGACCUGGAAUGUCGACAGCAGCAUUGAACGAGAAGUGUAAAAGAAUUUGCUUAUCAAAAAUUUUCAGAACCAACGAGUCAGCCAUCUGUGAGGGACGAGGAGUCUGCAACUGUGGAAGAUGCGAGUGCAAUCCACGUGCCAAUCCAGAAGAGCAAAUCUCUGGAGAGUUCUGUGAAUGCGACAACUUCAAUUGCCCAAGACACGACCGUAAAAUCUGCGCUGAGCAUGGAGAGUGCAACUGUGGAAAGUGCAUUUGCGCACCGGGAUGGACUGGAAGAGCAUGCGAAUGCCCAAUCUCUACUGAUUCCUGUCUCUCGGCAAACGGAAAGAUUUGUAAUGGAAAAGGAGAAUGCAUCUGUGGAAGAUGUAGAUGUUUCGAUUCGCCAGAUGGAAAUCGGUAUUCUGGAGCCAAGUGUGAAAUUUGCCCAACUUGUCCAACAAAGUGUGUGGAGUAUAAGAAUUGUGUGAUGUGUCAACAAUGGCAAACUGGACCACAUAAUGAGACUGAAUGUGAUAAGUGCGAAUUCAAGGCGAUUCCAGUGGAUGAGCUGCCAACACUCAACGAAACGACACCUUGCCAAUUCGUGGAUCCAGCCGACGAUUGCACAUUCUACUACCUCUACUACUACGAUGAAGCCACUGACAACGCGACGGUCUGGGUCAGAAGACACAAGGAUUGUCCACCACCAGUCCCAGUCCUCGCCAUCGUGUUGGGAGUCAUUGCUGGAAUCGUUAUCCUCGGAAUUUUGCUCCUUCUGCUCUGGAAACUUCUUACAGUACUCCACGACAGAGCAGAGUACGCCAAGUUCAAUAACGAAAGGCUUAUGGCUAAAUGGGAUACGAACGAGAAUCCAAUCUACAAACAAGCCACGACAACAUUCAAGAAUCCAGUUUAUGCUGGAAAAGCUAAUUGA